AGAAAACCAUAUAGACUAAUGACACCACAGGCUCUAUAGAACUUCAUUCCAAGGAAGCCAAACCCUGGGAUAGUGCAGACCAGGCAAACUGAUUUUCCAAUCUACGAAAAUAUUUUAAUUCCGAGGGAGCAACAUGUCGGUCAAGCGUGAAAAGAAAAGUGACUCCAAUCCACUGAAGAGUAAAAUGGAAAAUGUCUCCUCUCCACUGAAGAGUAAUCUUAUAGAGAGUGCAAGUGUCCUGAGCACCCAGUAUGAAGAGAAAGUCCGCCCAUGUAUUGACCUUAUUGAUUCUCUGAGAGCCCUCGGAGUGGAAAAGGACUUAGCAUUGCCAGCAAUUGCUGUGAUUGGAGAUCAAAGCUCAGGGAAAAGCUCAGUUCUGGAAGCUCUUUCUGGAGUUGCUCUUCCAAGGGGCAGUGGUAUUGUUACGAGAUGCCCCUUAGAGCUCAAGCUGAAGAAAACACACAACACGAAGGAAUGGAAAGGGAAAAUUUCAUAUCUGAACACAGUGGAAGAUAUGAAUAGCUCGAGACAAGUGGAAGAACAAAUCAUUAGAGCCCAGAAUGCAAUGGCUGGCUCAGGAUCCGGCAUUAGCUCAGAAUUAAUUAGUUUGGAAAUCAGCUCCUCGGAUGUUCCGGACCUGACUCUGAUUGACCUGCCAGGAAUCGCAAGAGUGGCUGUGGGUGAUCAGCCAAAAGACAUUGGACAGCAGAUAAUAAAUUUAAUUAAGAAGUAUAUUAACAAACAAGAAACCAUCAAUUUGGUAGUGGUUCCCAGUAAUGUAGACAUUGCAACAACAGAGGCACUGAAAAUGGCUCAAGAAGUAGAUCCCAAGGGGGAGAGAACACUUGGCAUCCUGACCAAGCCUGACUUGGUCGACAAGGGAACAGAGACAGAAGUGGUGGACAUAAUCCGGAAUCAAAGAGUCCCCCUGAGAAAAGGAUAUAUGAUCGUUAAAUGUCGUGGGCAAAGUGACAUCAACGACAAAGUGACUUUGGGAGAUGCAAUUGAGAAAGAGAGAGAAUUUUUUGAAGAACAUGAUUUUUUCAGAUCUCUUUUGGAGGAAGGCAGAGCUACCAUCCCACUUUUGGCAGAAAGGCUUACACAGGAGCUGAUAGAGCACAUUAGCAAAACAUUGCCAACUUUGCAAAAACAAAUUAAGGAAAAGCUAGAGGUAACAAAUGCAGAGCUGCGAAAAUGUGGUCAAGAUGUGCCUGGAAACACGGAAGAGAAGAUGGCUUUCCUCAUACAAAAAAUCAGGCUUUUUAACCAAGACAUCUUAAAUAAAGUACAAGGAGAAGAUUCAAUGUAUUCGAAAAAAACAAGAUUGUUCACAAAAGUGAGAAAUAACUUUAAUCAAUGGCAAGAGGAGAUAAACAGAAAUGCACUAAAUGUAAGAGAUGCUAUGAAAGAUGAAUUUCACAGCUAUGAAAAUAAAUAUCGUGGCAAAGAACUCCCAGGGUUUAUUAAUUACAAGACCUUUGAGACCAUUGUCAGACAACAAAUUAUGAUGCUGAGAACACCAGCUGUUGAAAUGUUGACAGUUAUAGCAGAACUUGUGCGGGAAAAUUUUAUUCAAACUGCCUACCAACACUUUGAUGCUUUCUACAAUCUUCUGAGAGCUGCUCAGAUCAAUAUUGAAGAUAUAAAACUGAAGCAAGAAGAGGCUGCGGUAUCCAUGAUCAAUACUCAGUUUAAAAUGGAAAAAAUAGUAUAUUCCCAGGACAGUAUUUAUAGUGAAGAUUUAAGAAGUAUUAGAACGAAAGGUGUUGGACAUUCAGUUCAAGUUCAAGUUCAAGUUCCUGCAAAGCUAUGCUCCAUGGAGGAAAUGAGUUACCACUUGAACGCUUACUUCAAAAGCGCAGGAACCCGUCUUGGUACCCAAAUUCCCAUGAUUAUUCGGACAUAUGUUCUCCAGGAUUAUGCUGACAAUUUACAAAACGCAAUGCUGCAACUCUUGCAAAACAAAGAUCAGUUUGACAUUCUCCUUCAGGAGAGGCAUGAUACUUCCAAUGUGAGGAACACUCUAAAGGAGAAGAUCAAACGUCUCACCAAAGCACGACAGCAUUUAGCAAAAUUCCCCGUGUAAUCAAGAGGUGUCUCUGUGUUAAUUCCCUCUUCCAAU